AUGUUGAUUGUUCAUAGAUGGCUUAAAUCAAUCAGUCAGAAAAGAUGCUUUUCAACAAAAUUAGAAAAUGACGUGGCUAUGGCAGAAUACUAUUUUGAAAAUGGUCUAAGAAAGGUUAAGCCAUACUAUUACGAUUUUCAUGCCUAUGUAAAGCCAAGGAUGAUUGGCAAAUCUAUUCUGGAUGCAUAUGUAGCAGAGUACCGUGGAAGAUCAGAACUUUAUUAUAGAUAUGCAAUACGAAAGGAACUGAUCACUGUAAAUCAUAAAAAGGUUGAAUGUGACACUGUACUUCAGCAUAAUGAUCUUGUUAUUCACAGGGUACACAGACAUGAGCCACCUGUCACAGAUCAGGAUGUCAAAGUUGUAUAUGAGGAUGAAGGUUUAGUAGUUAUCAAUAAGCCUGGUAGUAUUCAGGUUCAUCCAGGUGGAAGAUAUAGACAUAAUACAGCAGUUCAUAUCCUAAUGAAAGAAAAGGGCUAUGAUAGACUUUUCCCCAUCAACCGACUUGACCGAUCCACUUCUGGUUUAACUCUCAUAGCAAAGAGUUCUCAGAGAGCAGCAUAUAUCAAGAAAGAGUUGAGAGAAAGAACGAUCGAAAAAGAAUAUAUUUGCAGAGUGAUGGGUAAAUUUCCAAGUCAACAGAUUGUCUGCGAUGCACCUAUCAAGCAGUUAGCCUAUGAAGUUCCUUACAAUUAUGUCCAUCCUGAUGGGAAGGAUUGUACUACUGUAUUCGAUAGAAUAAGCUUCAACGGACGGACAAGUAUUGUACGAUGUAGACCUGUCACUGGACGUACCCAUCAGAUUCGCGUUCAUUUGCGAUAUUUAGGAUAUCCAAUAGCUAAUGAUCCUAUCUAUGGAUUUUUGACUCCAUGGUCAGAUUUAUUGCCAUCAUCUGGCUCAGUAGGUAAUACGGAAGCUAUUAUUCAAUCCAUGAUCCAUACUACACCUGAUGACUAUAUGAAGGAUCCCUUUGACGAGUCAGAUUUGCCAAGAUGCCAAGAAUGUAAUGUGCCCAUCAUACAAACAGACCCAACGUCAAGUCAAUUAGCCUUAUGGUUACAUGCAGUCAAAUACACAGCCUCAGGAUGGUCAUAUGAAUCCCCCUUACCAGAAUGGGCUAAUAGCUCGUUCAAAGACGAUGAUCUUAUUAUCCCUGCCUCACAUUAUUAA